UAACAAAAUUAUUUUUAUUAUUUUUUUCUAAUAAUGUUUUAUUUUAAUGGAUGUGUGUUGAGAACAAUGAACACAAGGGAUUUGAGAAAUCUAUUAAUGGCCUUUCUUUGAUGUCCGCGGUCCUUGAUCAGGAAACGCCCCCUAAUGUCUGCCAUUGGUCAGUCUGUAGAGCACUGUAAUUGGUCAGUUCUCACAGGAACCGUGAUCCCUCACACGCGAGAGGCAACGCCCACUUACACAGACGUUAAUCGUUUUUCUCCAAUGGGAAACCAUCUGAGUAAACCGUCUUAUUUAUCCAUCGUCUUUGAGGAUGGGUAACUUUACAUCUAGAUCCAGUGGUCUGUCAAGCACAGCAGCGUGUGGCCAGUUUCUUCAGGAGGUGGUGUCUCAUAACUGCAUUGUCAUAUUCUCCAAGACCACUUGUCCAUACUGCAAAAUGGCCAAGAAUGUAUUCAAUGAAAUUGGUGCCACAUACAAGGUGAUAGAGCUGGAUGAACACAAUGAUGGCAGAAGACUACAAGAGGCCUUGGCUCAGAUGACCGGUGCCAGAACAGUGCCAAGGGUUUUCAUCAAUGGAAAUUGCAUUGGAGGAGGCUCGGACACAAAGGAGCUACACCAGCAAGGAAAGCUGCUACCCUUAAUAGAAAAAUGUGCCCCGUGCUGCACAGAGACUAACCCUGAAGGCUCUGGCAGUGGACAGUUUGAGUCCACCAAAUGACUAACUGUACUAAUUCUCACUGUUGUUCAUCCCAUAUUUAUAGAAUUUUUGCUCGACUUUGUGCGAUACCUUACAUGUAUUCUGUGUUGUUUAUUUACCAAGAUGUGUACUUAUCCCAUUACCGCUCCUUUCAGGGAAUGUACAGUAUUUUAAAUCAUUAAACUCCAAUCUUUUCAA